GCUGUGGUUGUAUAAAGAUAAUAAAGAGUAGAAGAAGAUCUGAGUCCGCAGUGUCUUAUAGAGAAACAGGAUCUGAUCUGCUGCAGAAUGGAUUGACAGCUUCAAGACAUGUGCUGCUCCUAGUGCCAACUUUCUUGCAGAGGUUUUUUGCAGGAUUUGUGGCAUUUUUGCCAACGCCACAACUAGCGACACCCAGAGGGAAUUUUCACAAUGCAGAAAUCAGAGGAGAUAAAAUGUGAGGAUCUUGGUAUCAGAAGCUCCAGUAUGCAACACACAUCUCAUGAUGAUGUUCACAGCAACACCUCUAUUAGACAGACAGAAAAAAAGGAGUGUGGCAAUUCACUUCUUCAACAACAACUCAUUCACACUACAGGGAAACCGUACGAUUGCUCAGAGUGUGGGAAGACCUUUAGUCUCAAAGGUAAUCUUAAAAAACACCAACGAAUUCACACUGGAGAGAAACCUUAUCAGUGCUCCGAAUGUGGGAAGAGUUUUAUACAAAAGUGUAAUCUGCAAACACAUCAGCGCAUUCACACUGGAGAGAAACCGUUUCAUUGCUCAGAGUGUGGAAAGAGUUUUCGAGAACAAAGUGUUCUCCGCAAACACCGGUGCAUUCACACUGGAAAGAAACCGUAUCACUGCUCGGAAUGUGGGAAAAGUUUCAUUCAACAAGAUCAUCUCCUGAAACACCAACGCAUUCACACUGGGGAGAAACCGUAUCAGUGCUCAGAGUGUGGAAAGAGUUUUAGAGUAAACAGUUAUCUCCAAAUACAUCAGCGCAUUCACAAUGGAGAGAAACCGUAUCAGUGCUCAGAAUGCGGGAAAAGUUUCAAUCAGCAAGGUAAUCUCCAGAAACACCAGCUCAUUCACACUGGAGAGAAACCGUAUCACUGCACAGAGUGUGGACGCAGUUUUGUAGCAAAAUAUAUGCUCCUAGCACACCAGAGCAUUCACACAGGAGAGAAACUGUAUCAGUGCUCAGAGUGUGGAAAAGGGUUUAAUCACAGGGGUAAUCUUCGAAAACACCAGAGCAUUCAUACAGGAGAAAAACCGUAUCAGUGCCCAGAGUGUGGGAGGAGUUUCAGACAAAAAGUGAAUCUCCAAACACAUCAGCGCAUUCACACCGGGAACAAACCGUAUCACUGCUCAGAAUGUGAGAAGAGUUUUAGAGAAAAGAGUGCUCUUGUAAAACACCAACGCAUUCACACUGGAAAAAAACCCUAUUACUGUUCAGAGUGUGGGAUGAGUUUUAGAAACCUGUCUCAGCUCCAAACACAUCAACGCAUUCACACUGGAGAGAAACCGUAUACCUGCAUAGAGUGUGGGAAGAGUUUCAGAGACGGUGGAACCCUCCAAAAACACCAGCGCAUUCACACUGGAGAGAAACCGUAUCAGUGCUUAGAGUGCGGGAAGAGUUUUAGAGUAAACGGUAAUCUCCAAAUACACCAGCGCAUUCACACUGGAGAGAAACCGUACCAGUGCUCAGAAUGUGGGAAGAGUUUCAAUCAACAAGGUAAUCUCCAGAAUCACCAACGCAUUCACACUGGAGAGAAACCGUAUCAAUGCUCAGAGUGCGGUAAGUGUUUUAGAGUAAAGAGCAAUCUCCAAACACAUCACCGCAUUCACACCGGGAAGAAACCGUAUCAGUGCUCAGAAUGUGGGAAGAGUUUCCGAAACAGUGGAAUACUCCAAAAACACCAGCUGAUUCACACUGGAGAGAAACCAUAUCAGUGUUCAGAGUGCGGUAAGAGUUUUAGAGUAAACGGUAAUCUCCAAAUACAUCAGCGCAUUCACACUGGAGAGAAACCAUUUCAGUGCUCUGAAUGUGAGAAGAGUUUUAGAGAUCAGAGUGCUUUUGUAAUACACCAACGCAUUCACACUGGAGAGAAACCGUAUUACUGCAUAGAGUGUGGAAAGAGUUUUAGAGACGGCGGUACCCUCCAAAAACACCAGCGCAUUCACACUGGAGUGAAACCGUAUUUUUGUUUAGAGUGCGGGAAGAGUUUUAUACAAAAGGGAAGUCUCCAAAUACACCAACGCAUUCACACUGGAGACAAACCGCAUCAGUGCCCAGAGUGCGGAAAGAGUUUUAUCACAAGGUAUAAGCUCAGAAGACACCAGAACAUUCACACUGGAGAGAAACCGUAUCACUGUUCAGAGUGCGGAAAGAGUUUUAUACAAAAGGGAAAUCUCCAAACACACCAGCGAAUUCACACUGGGGAAAAACCGUAUCACUGCUCAGAGUGCGGAAAGAGUUUUAGGGAACAGAGUGCUUUCGACAAACACCAACGCAUUCACACUGGAGAGAAACCGUAUCAGUGCUCUGAAUGCGGGAAGAGUUUUAGACAAAAGGGUAAUCUCCGAGCACACAAGAAAAUUCACACUGAAGAAAAACCGUUUCAGUGCUCAGAGUGCGGGAAGAGUUUCAGAGUAAACAGUAAUCUUCAAAUACAUCUGCGCAUUCACACUGGAGAGAAACCGUUUCAGUGCUCAGAAUGUGGGAAGAGUUUCAAUCAACAAGGUAAUCUCCAUAAUCACCAACGCAUUCACACUGGAGAGAAACCGCAUCAGUGCUCAGAGUGCGGUAAGAGUUUUAGAGAACAGAGUGCUCUCAUAAAACACCAGCGCAUUCACACUGGAGAGAAACCGUAUCAGUGCUCAGAGUGUGGAAAGAGUUUUAGAGAUGGUGGAACCCUCCAAAAACACCAGUGCAUUCACACCGGAAAUAAACUGUAUCAGUGCUCAGAAUGUGAGAAGAGUUUUAGACAACAGAGUGCUCUCCUAAAACACCAACACAUUCACACUGGAGUGAAACCGUAUUUUUGUUCAGAGUGCGGGAAGAGUUUUAACCAAAAGGGAAAUCUCCAAACACAUCAGCGCAUUCACACUGGAGAGAAACCGUAUCUGUGUUCGGAGUGUGGAAAGAGUUUUAUUACAAGUUCUAAACUCAGAAGACACCAGAACAUUCACACGGGAGAGAAAACUUAUUUUUGUUCAGAGUGUGGGAAAGGUUUUAAUCAUAAGGGAAACCUCCAAGAUCACCAGCGCAUUCACACUGGAGAGAAACCGUAUCGUUGCUCCGAUUGCGGGAAGAGUUUCAGACAAAAGGGAAAUCUCCAAAUACACCAGCGAAUUCACACUGGAGAGAAACCGUAUUACUGCUCGGAGUGUGGAAAGAGUUUUAGACAGAGUGGAACUCUCCUCAAACAUCAGCGGAUUCACAUGGAAGAGAAAUCAUUUCAGUGUUCAGAGUGUGGACAGAGUUUUCCGUAUGCGGAUUUUGAGGGUCAUAAAUGCAUUAAGAAGGAAGCAGAAUAAACGUAGGACUACUUGGAGUCGAUGUGAAUUUUUUCUGUAUUAAAAACCUGUCGAUUUACCCAUUAGAGCCUUCCUAUUAUGCCAACGAGCCCUGCAACUGGAAUAUAGUGAGAAAAAGUCUGAAUAUUUGCAUGUGGACACAAUCUCUGAUUAUGCUAAAAGCUUCUGAAAAAUAUAUGGACAUCUGUGGACAAUUUUCAUAUCAUGCAAUUAAAUCAUGUAUGUAAAAGAAACAUUAUAUACUGAAUAUUAAGCUCAAUUCCACUAAAUAUGUUGUAUUUGAUGAAGUAAAUUGUAUGACCUUGCUUUGGAUGAAAAUUAUACCAUUUGAUCUCUGAAUGAGUUCUAAAUGAGUAUGUUCUUCAAGAAAUUAUAAUAUUCUGUUCUGUUAUAUUGUAAAUAA